GUGAACUACUGGUGCGGGUGAAUGAGAAUGCGACUGAAGAAAAGUCAGCCAGACCAAGUUACGAAGGCAAUACAUUCGGUAGACUCCGUUCAUAGCCAUAAAGUUAAGGAUAUUUUGUGAAAAAUUUGAAGUGUUUUAAGGCUUUUAUGUAGCAGAAUUUGCAGUCCAGUGCUGGCAAGUGUGUUAGACAGUGGUCUCUAAAAGGCAAAAAGAAACUGCAAAUGAGCAAAUCUUUUCAUGAAUGAAUUAACCACUGCACAGAAGUAAGAAACAAUCAUCAUCAUCAUAAUAAUGGAAGCUGACAUGGAUGAGAUAAUUUCCGGUCUGAAGAACGCCACUUUAGAGAAAAGUCCCGACAGGGCACUGCCUUUGCUGAAGAAGAUUUCGGAAUCGGAAACCAACCUCUGUGAUAAAUAUGACAUCAAAUCCGAUUUGCUGGAUUUGCUCUCACUGGACAACCCGGCCGUUUGCAUUCAGGUGGCGCGCUGUAUUGCUGAAGUGGCCAAAACUGAACCCCAACGGGACAAGUUUACCAAAGAGGACAUCAUCCGGAAGUUGAUCUCUUUGCUUUCGAGUGACAGUGAGAAUCGAAAGCUUGAGCUAAACAUUCAAGUGUGUCGAGCAUUGGGCAAUAUUUGCUACGCCAAUGACGAUGCCCGUAGCAUUAUCAAAGCGGUAGAGGGAGACGUUAAAAUAUUCGAAUUGUUGGAUCUGGACGUGGACACCGACGAGGAAGACAAGGACCAGUUCGUGAGGGUUCGAUGUGGAUUGAUAUCGAACUACCUUCUCGGAACAGACGAUAUUGCAGAGCGCGCCGUAGAACUCGGUGUUAUUGGCAAAAUCGAGAAGAUUCUGGCGCGUUGCGUUGCAGAUGUGGAUAAAUAUGAAGAUCUGCUCCUGAACACGCUGCCGCCUUUGAGCAUUCUGACCGAACAGAUCAGUGACCUGUACUUUGCACCGUCGCUCAACAAGCUGAUUGCGGAGAUAUUGGCCAAAUGUACCAACCCGGACUUGGCCGAGUCUUGCUUGGCUCUGUUGCAUUACGAGGCGCAAAAUGACGAUGUGAAGCUACUGCUGGCGGAGGAAGGCUUGUGCGAAACGAUCUACAAACUGCUGGAAAAGUACAAGACUUUCGCCAACACCGACGAGGCGCGGGUGCUGAUGAAGUUGGCCUGUGAUCUGAUCGUACUUAUACUGACUGGAGACAAAUCAAUGCAUUACCUUUACACGACCCCCUUGCUGAAAUAUAUGGAAGAUUGGUUGGAUUCGUACGACGUGGAACUCCUGACGACCGGUGUUCUAGCGCUAGGAAAUUUCGCCCGUACGGAUAGUCAUUGCAUUUACAUGGUGGAGAAUAAAAUUAUGCACAAGUUGCUCUCUAUCCUCGCCAAGAACAACGGAGUCGACCAUCAGAUGACACUCCAGCAUGCGCUUCUCAGCACGCUGAAAAAUCUAGUCAUACCAAAACCCAACAAAUCGGCUGUAAUCGACGCGGGUCUAGUGGACAUCAUUUUGCCCAUGCUGGAAAUUCAUCAACCGCCGGUGGUGUUCAAACUGCUCGGAACGCUUCGAAUGACUGUCGAUGGACAAGAAAAGUUAGCUCAACAGUUGUUGCAAAACGAGAAGCUAAUCAAACAGCUAGUGCACUGGAGUAAAACGUCAGAGUUUACCGGAGUCCUGGGCGAAUCGCUCCGAUUGAUGGCGUGGCUGAUCAAGCAUGCGUACCACGCAAAUAAGGAUCUUUCUGCAGCGGAUGACACAGGCCUGAAGAAGUUCGUAGCCGUGGAUGGAGCCGUUGCCAGCAUGGUUGGCAUGCUGACCUCAACGCAUCUGGUCAUGCAGAACGAAGCGCUGAUUGCGCUCAGUAUUUUGUCCACCAUCUUUCAGAAUAAAUCCACCGAUGGUACAAACCUGGAUGAACUGCUGGUCAACGCUAACGUUGGCGCCAAACUAGCGGAACAGAUCACGCUGAAUGGCGAAACAAUGACAAAAGAGAUCGUGGACAAUUUGCAGACGUUCGUCAAGCUACUCAAAUCGUCUGAGGCAUGCGCGGAAAAUUUAAAGAAACACAACAUCGACGAACUGAUGAAGUCUAUACCUAGUCUUGUAGAGUACUGUACACUUUAAGUCAAAUUACGGUAGUUUAUAGUAUCCAGUAGAUUCUGCUUCGGUUUUAUCUGAAUUGAUCAGAUCAGUUUGUAUUUUUAUACAGUCAGCCUCUAUGUUGGCACACCUUUCGUGAGUAUUAGAUGUUUCAUCUAUCCUUAAUCUACCAAGAUCGGUUUGAGCGGAAUGAUAAGUACUAUUAUCUUAGCUCUUUCAUCGUAUCUGCUAAAUCUUUCCGAGGAACUUCAAGUUUCUUACUCGAAAUGGGACAUUUUCAUAUCCUAGAUUUGCCCAUUGUCAAAGUAGGAAGAAAAUGACAUCAAGUAGUAGGAUUUCUAGUGACUUUUGUAAGCAAUUUUAGUGGUUUUAGUUUUGGACCCAGGACAAAAAAUAAAUGCAAUUUAUAGUUUUUAGUCAUUAGUCGUACUUUGAUUUUCAAUAAACUUUGGAAAAAAUUUUGCAUUAGUGUUUCCAGUAAAUUAAAAUAAAAUAGCAAGGAUAAAUAGGACUAACGAUAACUUAAAACAAUCAUUGCAUUUAUCGAAACUAUGUGCUAAAAUAUUCAAGAACACUAGCUAAACCAUAGUAUGAAAUAGUAAGAGCGAAUCAUUUUUUUGAUAAUCUGCUGAUUUUUUGAACAAAUCCAAACCCAUUCUACCCUUAAGAUUUAAAUCCUACCUUUCCAAUAAACUCCAACACCACUCGUUCUAAUCGUGAUGCGAAAACGCAUUUUCUUGUAGAAAAACAAAUGCACAAAAAAACCUUUUCUAAAUUUAAAGAAAAAUUUAAAAUCUUAAAAGAACAUGUUGAAAACAUUAAAAACCCAAAUAUAAGCAAUGUUUUUCAUAUUUACCGGUAAGGAAAUAUUGAAACGAUAUCUAUUGAACAGUUCACACCGUUCUAUACCAGAUGAAAGUGAAUCGUAAAAGAAACGAGAUUGUUAUUUACAAACGAAUGCAGAUGAAAAUGAAAAAAAAAAAGAUUUCUUUUACCACAUUCUACUGAAGGGAGCCGUUUCCUUUCAAAUGAUAAUAAUAUUUUUGAUCGCAAAUAAUACAAAUCUUAAACCGAUGGUGUUACGACGUAAUUUAUCGCAGAAAUUCUAUGAUCUUAAACGCAAAAAAAAGUAAUUCACUCACCUUAGGUCACCAUCAGACAGAACGCAAAUGGCACAUCGAAUAAUAGUGUUGCAAAAAUUAUAUGGAUCUUACACCACAGUACCAGUAUCACACGGUAGCUAUAGUUUCUGCUAGAAAAUACCCUGUAAUCACGUUCCCGUGCAGCCGAUAUCUAUACCGAUGCGGCGUUACGGAUAAAACGCAGUUCAAUCGCAUUUUUUUUAAAUAGUCGUUUGCACGCAACAUUCAGUCAGGAUCUAUGGUAUCGAUAUAGAACAAUUUUGCGAAAAUAAAAAUGCUCUGAUAAAUUAUUUCAAA